AUGUCCGCACCUAUUCACAUCUCCUCGAAGGAGCAAUUUACCAUGCUUCUAUCGACUUCCAGAUUCGUCGUGGCAGACUUUUACGCAGACUGGUGCGGACCAUGCAAAGCUAUUGCCCCCGCAUACGAUCAGCUGGCCAAACAGCUUUCGCGCCCGAACCGGAUUACCUUCACCAAGGUCAACGUUGACGAGCAGCAGGACAUUGCCCGUGCAUAUGGAGUUACAGCGUACGUCAAACACAUUGCACCAGUCACACCUGGCGCAGAUCCCAAGAAAUGCACAGAUACUAACAGUCUCGCCAGAAUGCCCACCUUCAUCGUUUUCCAGCAGGCCCGCCCCAUCUCCACCGUCCGCGGCGCAGACCCCAAAGCCCUCUCCGACGCCGUCCGCAAACUCGCCUCGGAAGCAAGCAAGAACGACGACUCCGACUCCGGCGAGGCUUCGGGUGAUCUCAGCGGCGGGAACGGCUGGAUCGGCGCCGCCGUGCCCAAGGGAUACAGCGAUAUCACAGACCAGUACGAACCCAAGGGCCUGGAGCUGCUGAACCGGGAUAGCGACUUCGGCACCGCGAAGACGCUUUUCGAGCCGUCGAAGCCGUCCGCGCUGAGCGACAACGGGAAGAGGAAGGAAGGCGCCCCGGCGGACUGGGUGGAGAGCGAUACGGACGAACAGCUGAUGCUCUUUGUUCCGUUCAAGUCGACGCUCAAGGUCCAUUCGCUGCAGGUUACCUCUCUUGCGUCUGCGUCCGGAUCGGACGAGGACGACGAGGCGCCUAUGCGUCCGAAGACAAUUCAGCUGUACACCAACCGCGCGCAUGUCCUUGGGUUCGACGAGGCGGAUGACACCACGCCGGCGCAGACCGUGACGAUUCAGCCUGAGGAUUGGGAUUCCAAGACGGGCACGGCGAAGAUCGAUUUGCGGUUUGUCAAGUUCCAGAACGUCACGUCGUUGGUCAUCUUCUUCGUGGAUGGGGAUGGGGACAGCGAGAAGCUGCGCGUGGAUAGGAUCAGGAUCUUUGGCGAGGCGGGCGAGAAGAGAGAGAUGGGCAAACUGGAGAAGAUUGGUGAUGAGCCGGGCGAAUAA